UGGCUGACCGUCUCUCCCGUGGCCACAGUCCACUCAGGCUCCCAGGAAGUCAACAUGGGCCAGUGGACGCUACACAACAUUUUAUUUCUCCUUCUCCUCUGCAGCGCCAAUGGACAGUUUGACACGAGGCCCCUAAGAAGACCCCCCUGGCGUGACAGAUUCCAACCAAUAGACAGAUACUGGGACAUCCAUGAGUUAGAAACCCCGAAGGUUCGUACUACACCGAGGUUCACCCUGCUGGCUCCAGACCUGCUGAGGACAGACAGCCAGGAGAACAUUUACCUACAGGCAGACCAUGUAUCCAGCCCCGUCCUCGUCUCCAUCACCAUCCAGGACUUCAGUAAGACCAGAAUGCUGCUCCAGGACUCUGUCACACUCAACUUGGAAAAUGGAUACCACACUCUCAAGACCAUACAGCUUCCCUCGGAUGAUUUGAAUCGCGAGGAGAAGAAGAACAAGUUUGUGUAUCUGAAGGUGGACUUUGGGGACUUCCACUCAGAGGAGAGGACACUGAUGGUGUCCUUUCAGUCGGGAUACAUCUUCAUCCAGACCGACAAACCCAUCUACAACCCUGGAGACACCGUUCGGUUCAGAGCCUUCGUGUCGUCUCCUUUCUUCAAGGCCUUUGACAGCUCCAUCACAAUAGACAUCCAGAAUCCAGACGGUGUGGUGGUUAAUCAGAUCUUCAGGACCAGAGCUGCUGAUGGCGUCUUAGGAGAAACUUUUCCUCUCUCUGAAUUCGUCAAUGAAGGAAUAUGGUCGGUGAUUGCGAAGUUCGACCACUGGCAGCAGAACACGUUCACCUCCCAGUUUGAGGUGAAGAAAUACGUGCUUCCUGCCUUCAACGUUACAUUGACGCCCAGGAAGUCCUUCCUCAGCCUGGAUGACAGUGAACUGGUGGUAGAGAUCUCGGCCAGGUACCUGUACGGGGAGCCGGUCCAGGGGACGGCCUAUGUGGUGUUUGGAGUGAAGAUCAACCAGGAGAAGAUCAGGUUGCCUUCAGUGAAGCAGAUAUCAGAUCUGGAGGGAGGAGUCGUCAGACUGAGCAUGGAGGAGCUCAAGAGAGCUUACCCCAACAUCAGGUCUUUGGUGGGAAACUCUCUGUAUGUCAAGGCCUCUGUGCUCACCAAGUCAGGCAGCGAUUUGGUCGAGGCGGAGAAGAGUGGUAUUAAAAUUGUGGAGUCUCCUUACAUCCUGUCCUUCAAAGACAUGACAAAGUACUUCAAGCCGGGCCUGCCCUUUGACUUUACAAUCCAGGUGAGCCACCAUGACGGUUCCCCAGCCCGUAAUGUCCCGGUCAAGGUGAAUCUCCUGGAAUCGCCCGUGGAUGUCUUCUCUGGCUCCACCCGAGUCACCGUCAACAUGCCCAGUAAUCAACGGAUGCAAACCAUCACAGCUGAGACCACACAGGCUGACCUGAGACCAGAGCAACAAGGCAAACACCAGACCACCGUCCAGGCGUACAACACCUUCAACUGGCGCCAACAGAACUACCUGUACAUCUCUACAGGGACCAACAGGGUGUCUGUAGGAGACAGGCUGUCCUUGGGGCUGAGCAUCAGCACCGCUGACCAGGCACAUCGAGAAACCAUUAAUUACAUCACCUACCUGGUGCUGAAUAAAGGCAAAAUCGUAUCGGCCGAGCGUGUGGAUGUGACGGGUCAGGUCCUCACCAGCAUCGGGCUGAUGGUCACCCCUGAGAUGAUGCCGUCGUUCCGCUUUGUGGCGUUCUACAGUAUUCCCUGGACCACGCGCGAGGAGGUGGUGGCUGACUCCAUCUGGGUGGAUGUGGAGGAUUCCUGUGCUGGAGGGCUGACGGUCGGGCCGGUGGACGGCGUCCAUCGAGACUACGCGCCGGGGAAGAGCUUCAAGUUUAAGGUCAGAGGUGAUCCGGGGGCAAAGGUCAGCCUGGUGGCUGUGGACAACGCAGUGUUUCUGCUCAACAAGGACAGACUGACACAGAAGAAGAUCUGGGACGUGGUGGAGCACGGAGACAUCGGCUGCACUCGGGGUGGAGGCAGAGAUGCCACGUCGGUGUUCUCAGACGCAGGAUUGCUCUACGUCUCCAGCGCCGGCUUCAAAACCAGAGUCAGACAAGACCUGCAGUGUCCAUCCAGUGCCAGAAGGAGGCGCUCUGCUGAACAGUUGCAGCGUAAAGCCCAGCUCGAGAGUCAUUACAAGGAGAAGCUCCAGCGUCGCUGCUGUAAGGACGGCCUCAGGGAGAUCCCCAUGUCCUACUCCUGUACGAGACGCUCCCUCUACAUCACAGAGGGCUGGGAGUGCAUCCGAGCCUUCCGUUACUGCUGUGCCACCUACAGGAACCAAGAGUUUAACACCGAGAUUCCCACCACCCUGCCACCUUUAACCACAACCGCCCCAACCACCACCCAUCCACCCAGGCCCACUUUUCCGCUUUUUCAUGGAUUUGAUGUUAUGAGAUACAACAUCAGACCAUUAGGCCGGGAGAAUUUUGCGCGGGAACGUGUAGUUGGAUUACCUGGAAUGGCUGGACUACCUGGACCACCAGGACGUAAAGGGGAAAGGGAACACUACGUAUUUACAGCACCUGCAGGGGGAGCGGCGAGGACGGAGGUGGAGGCGGAGGAGGAGGACGACGAGGAGGAGGAAGAGUGGGAGUACCUGGAUGAGACUCAAGUGUACCUGCGAUCCAAGUUCUAUGAGUCGUGGCUGUGGAUGGACGUUAAGCUGCCCAGCCAGGUAGACAAUCAAGGGUUGGCCUCUCAGAACGUGGACAAUCCCUUACCUGACAGCAUCACAGAGUGGGGAGUCCUGGCCAUCAGUGCAUCACCUCAUACAGGUUUCUGCGUUGCCGAGCCUUACAACGUCCGAGCAUGGAAGCGUUUCUUUGUGGACCUCAGGCUGCCGCAUUCGGUGGCGAGACACGAACAGGUCGAGAUUAAAGCUGUGGUCCACAACUACGGCUACGAAGACCUGCAUGUGAGGGUGGUGCUUAUGAAAACAGAACAGAUGUGCAGCAUCGCCUUCAAGGACAGGCACACACAGGAAGUGACGGUGUCGGCCGGCUCCUCUGUCGCAGUGCCCUACACCAUCGUACCGCUGGCGGUGGGAAAACUUCCUCUGGAGGUGAUGGUAGUCGGCAGAGACAUGAUGGGCGGAGAUCGCAUCCAGAAGUUUCUGCGGGUGGUGCUGGAUGGAGUGCAGAAGACUGAGGUUUGGAGUGCAGUGUUGAACCCAUCUGCUGAGGGAGGAACGCAGACGGUUCGCGUGGGCAAGACGGAACUGGAGUCUGUUGUGCCAAACUCUCAUCCAGAGACUUUCAUCAACGUCAGAGGCAAUGUAUUGGCAGACAGUAUUGAUAACUCCAUCAGUGAGGACUCGCUGGCCUCUCUGAUCCGGAUGCCUGGGGGCUGCGUGGAGCAGAACUUGGCCAGCAUCACUCUGCCACUCAUCGCCACCCUGUACCUGGAGAGAACCAACAACUGGGAGAGCGUGGGGGUGCAGCGCAAGGCGGAGGCUCUUCGAUACAUCAGGAGGGGCUACGAGAACCAGCUGGCAUACAGAAAGAGCGAUGGCUCUUACCCCCCCUACAGGAGGGAGGGUGCAAGUACAUGGAUCACAGCGUAUGUGGUGAAAGUCUUCUCCAUGGCUCACUCCAUCACGGGCAUCAGCGAGCAGCAAGUGUGUGACCCGCUGCUGUACCUGGUGAAGAACAAACAGCAAUACUCUGGGAAAUUCAGAGAGGACAACCCAGUUUACAGCACUACCAUGACUGGAGGUCUCCGUGGCGACGACCCCGAGUUAACCCUGACAGCCUUCGUCCUCAUCGCACUCGCUGAGGCGAAGCAGGCUGGGAUCAACUGCAACGAUCCACAGGCGAACUCGGCCAUCAGUAAGACAGCUGAAUACCUGAAGAGAGCUCUGGUGACGCCUCGGAGGAGACCGUACACUGUCGCCAUCGCCUCGUACGCCCUGGCUCUGACGGGGGACAUUCAACGCUACAACCCGACAUCGUCUUUGCUCGCAGCUGCAGCUCCAGGUGGCAGCCACUGGCCCGACAGACAGAACAGCUUGUUCACGCUGGAGGCGACCGGCUACGCCCUUCUGGCUCUCAUCAAGUUAGGUCGCAUGGAGGAUGCUGCAGCGCCGUUUAAGUGGCUGAACAACCAGCGGAGGAUAGGAGGAGGCUUCGGCUCCACUCAGUCCACCAUGGUGGUCCUGCAGGCGCUGUCGGAGUACCUGAUUAGGAAACCUCCUCCGGACGAUCUCAGUCUGGAUGUGGACAUCAGGAUAACAGGACGCAAGGAAAUCCGCUACCACUUCAACCCCGAGACUGCCUACGCUGCUCGCUCCUCCAGGUUGCCUGCUAAUCUCAAUUUGGAAGUGGUGGCUCGAGGGAAUGGACAGGGAAUACUGGAGGUUGUGACCCAUUACAACCAGCUGCAUGAGGUUGACGAGAAAAUUCCCUGCAAAGACUUCGACCUCAGCGUUGCUAUUGAACCGUCCAGUGAAAAGCCUCCAGCGGACGUAGAAAAAUCCUACCAGAUCACCAUCAAAGUGAGGGCUUUAGGACCCAGAGAUGUCAGGAUGGUAGUUCUCGAUAUAAGUCUGCCCACUGGCUUCACCCCAGACAACUCAGACCUGGAGAUGUUGUCCAACUCAGUGGAUCGUUACAUCAACAACUUCCAGAUUGUUGAUAACCUGAGUGACAGAGGCUCUCUGAUCAUCCACCUGUUCAAGGUGUCUCACAAAGAACCAGAGAUCCUGAUCUUCAGGCUUCAGCAGAGAUUCAAAGUCGGCCUCCUCCAGCCAUCCUCAGUUACCGUCUAUGAGUAUUACAACCCAGAUCACCGCUGCAGUCGUACCUACACUCCCAGCGAGGACCGAGAGCAGCUCUCCCAGAUCUGCAAGGACAACGUCUGCCGCUGCACACAAGGUGACUGCUGUGUCUCCAAAAACGACAAUGAAAACUUCCCCAACAAAGAAAGGGAGACGUUUGCUUGCACGGCUUUACAUCACGUUUUCCAGGUGAAGGUGCUCAGCGUCACCCAGAGUUACUAUGACAAAUACGAGAUGGAGAUCACACAAGUUAUCAAGCUGGGUGUUGAAGCUGGAGUUGAGGUGGGCCAGAGGAGGUUUUUCAUGUCUCAUGGAGGCUGCAGAGAUGGACUCAGCUUGAAGCAGGGCUCCCAGUACCUCAUCAUCGGCCCCAAAGAGGACAUGUGGAACAUUGACAGUGACACCAAUAAAUUCACCUACAUGUUAGGGAAGGACACCUGGGUGGAGCGCUGGCCUUCGUCUGCAGAGUGCUCCAGCAGUCCCAGCCUGCAAGCUAAAUGCAAUAGCCUGCAGGAUACUGCACUUGAGCUGUCUGUCAACGCCUGCAGGCUGUAGCGUCUGCACAACAUCCUCCUCUGCCAUUGUGUUGCAAAGAUGGCAAAUAACUGUGAAGAUUUACUGAUUAUUUUAACCCAGCUUGUGCAAUAAGGACAUACGUUUUCACAUGUUUUCACUGUGCAAAUGAGAACUGAAAGUGGAGCUAAUUACAGCAACAAUUAACUUUUCUUCUUUUUAUAGAAGUCUAAAAACACACCAGGCAGUCUCUGCAAAGGUAUUGUAGCCUUUAUAGAAUGGUUAACAAUAAAAAACAAAAUUGUCAAUCAGUAAUCCAGUAUUUCAAACUUGAAGUUUGACAAAUGUUUUACAAGUUGUACAACAUGUAAUUUAACUUACAGUUUUUACACUAAAAUAAAUAUCUACAUAAUAUUACAGUUUUGUUGAACUAAAAAAAAAAAAACAGAACAUACUUGAAAUGAGCCAGUUUCUUUCAAAUAAGAGUCAACACUCUGCUGAGUGUUAGAACAAUAAUUCAUCCAUCCAAGGGCAACAACACGAAAAUAGCAAAAAUAUUUUGUCUCCCUUGUACUUUUAAUUGAAAUAGGCUGAAAUAUAUAUGUAUAUGCCAAGCUGUACUGGCAAAAUAAUAACCAGCUAACCUUUACAAAGUGGUCUGUUAAAACUGUGUAAAUUUAAAUUUGUGUCAGAAAUGUACGGUUGUCUCAGUGUUGGUCUCUUCAAAGUUCAAAGUACUAAAAAUACAAACUACUAACUAUAAA